UUUCUUCUGGCUGACCCAGGAACACCACCAGUCUUAUACAUAGGCUAUUAAAUAAACUGAGUAUUAGGCCACUCAGAUUUCACCAGUGGAGUUCCUCAGUAAUUAAAAAUAGACCAUUAGAUGGGAGAAAAGAAAAAGAAAAAACUUUUGUGAAAACUCUCGCAAACCUUUUUCGUUCCCGUGAAAAAUUAUCAUUUUGUGAAGGAAAAAGAGAUGGGAGUAAAAUAAAACGAAAUAAAAUUAAUUAAUUAAUACUGUACUUUUGCAAGAGAACAGGUUUUGCGUGUAAUUCGUUCCCAUUUCGUCCUCCACAUUUUAUUUAUUAAAAACAGGAUCUACAGAUUAACACAAAAAUAUAAUAACUGCAGUUACUAUACAACUUCAGACAGUGUAAGCUUUCAGAAUUCAUAAAUAACUUAUUUUUGUAUAACUGUGGUGGCAAAAUACUGCGUUGCGCCAUUAAACUCGCGAUAACAUGAACCCGAUCUAAACAAACAGCGCACCUUUCUCCUGAAUCUAACGAAACUCUCAGCUGGUCACCAUGGAGAUUUUGGUGGGGGCGUGGCCUCGCAGAGUCACGUGACUCUUUCUCCAGCUAGUCCUCCAGUGUCGCGGUUUGCGCUGAAAGAUGGCCGCGGUGGAGCAGCGCCCGCCGGCGCGGGAGGGAAUUCGGAUCGCGGUGCUAUGUCUGUUCUGGUACACCGUCAGCUCUGGUGGCAACGUGGUCAAUAAAAUCAUCCUCAACGGCUUCCCCUAUCCGGUCACGGUGUCUCUCUUUCAUAUACUCUCCAUCAUCGUGUUUCUCCCGCCGCUGCUGCGAGCCUGGGGCGUCCCACGAACGGAGUUACCGGCCCGCUACUACCGCUGGUUCAUUCUGCCGCUCGCCUUCGGGAAAUACUUCUCCUCGGUCUCGGCCCAUUUCAGCAUAUGGAAGGUCCCGGUGUCGUACGCGCACACUGUGAAGGCCACCAUGCCCAUCUGGGUGGUUCUGCUGUCACGGAUUAUCAUGAAAGAGAAGCAAACCACAAAGGUUUAUGUGUCUCUUAUACCCAUCAUUGGAGGCGUUCUUUUGGCCACUGUCACUGAAUUGUCCUUUGACGUCUCUGGAUUGAUCAGCGCUUUGGCAGCGACGCUCUGCUUCUCUUUACAGAACAUCUUCUCGAAAAAGGUGUUGCGUGACACAAGGAUUCACCACCUCCAGUUACUGAACAUCCUGGGCUUCCAUGCACUUAUGUUUAUGCUGCCCACAUGGAUUUUAGUGGACCUCUCAUCUUUCCUGAUGGAUGGAGAUCUGACGGAGGUUUCCAACUGGACAGGAACGAUCGUGCUGCUCCUCAUUAGUGGUAUCUGCAACUUUGCACAAAACAUGAUAGCUUUCAGUGUGCUGAACCUGGUCAGCCCACUCAGUUACGCCGUAGCCAACGCAACGAAGAGGAUCAUGGUCAUCAGUAUAUCCCUACUGAUGCUCAGGAACCCCGUCAGCACCUCCAACAUUAUCGGCAUGAUGACAGCAAUACUAGGCGUCUUCCUCUAUAAUAAGGCGAAAUACGAUAACAACCAGGAGGCCAAGAAGAAACUGCUGCCAGUUUCAGCGCAGGAUAUGGUUUCAUUCGACAAACCCCAGUCCAACGGCUCCGGGACCUUCGCUCACAGCUCAGACUUUCAGCACGGUCGGAGCACAGUACUCACCGACCACUUUCAGUACAGCCGGCAGGCCUACACAACGAAUUACAGCUCCAAGCAGUAUGUUGUGUGAGUCGAACACUUUGGAGCACUGUAAAGACUGGUCUCUGACCCCCAUGCUUCAGAGGAGAUGGGUGAAUCUUUCAUACGGAGGAGGAAGUGUCGGAAUGACUGGAAAAGGAAUGUUUACUCACAAAAUCCUACUGCUUUUUUCACAGGCCUGUUAUUUAUUUCAUUACAAACCCUAUUUUGGUUGUUUUCCUACUUAGUUUAAAUUCUCAGUGGUAUGUGCAGAUUAGAGCAAGGUGCUGGGAUAUCUUCUUUUUGUGUGCACAGGGUGCAUUUCAGUGCAGUUCAGAAUGUAAUACGUCUUUGUCGUCGUCAUGCUACUGCGAGUGAGAGACAGACAGACAAACAGCGAGACCUCUGCCAUAUAACCAUAUACACUGGGUCACUGCAAAUACAGAUGCAUCAGGGUGUUAGUCAAUGUUCUGGUUUUGCCUUUAAUUUGUAAAUAUUUUAUUUAUUUUUUAUAGAGAAAGGUGUAUUGGUUGACCAUAUCAUGAACUGAAAACACCCAUUGAUUUUUUUUAUUUUUUUUGAAAGUCUAAUAUCUGUGAAGGAGUCACUUUUUUUCAUUCUGAGGGUGUUCAAUCAGACAGGUCACUGUACAAGAUCACUUGAAUCAUGGUUCAUGCAUUCAUAUGCGUGAUUAUUAUAAUUUUUUUGUAUUUUUAUUUUAUUUUUACUGACAUGCAGAGAGGGGAAUUACCAUACAGUGGCCCUAACGUAUGGGUCAGUUUAAUUAAUAUUAAAUGUCUGGGAAGAGAAAACGGGGGAAUUCAUAAACAGUUUAUUUUAUUUUAUUUUUAUUUUGUUUUCUGGAAUUUGACAUUCUGUAAGUUUAAAUUUGUCUCAGUCCCUCAAACUGAAGUUUAAUAAAACUUCUAAUAAAAAAGUUUGAGGACAUUGUUUCAGAACUGUUGAUUCUUUGACACUGAACUCCAUGAGAAUGGUCUCGUUAAAAGGUGCAAUAUUCCUUUCAAUCAUGACAGCCGGAGGUGUUUCAAGCUCUUUUAGGGCGUAAAACCUGUAGUUGACAGAAUCUAUGGACUCAUUUUUGGGGGGAAAUAUGAUCAAAUUUGUUUGUGGAAAAAGUUCUGUGGCUGGGAGCCUAUUUUAGAUGUUACUGACCCCUGUUAUCGUAUUCGUUCCCAAAUUUAUGCCAGUUUUAGCAAAAUGUGAGAGGUGGGGGAUUAAUUUAAUAUUUGUAAGCUAGCAGUUUUUUUUCCCUCUCUUUCUCCAUUUCUUUUUAACAAGUGUCUUGCUGCUGGAAAGUUAGACACUUUUUUUGGCAAAAAGCAUGCACGUGUUUGCAUUACUCUGCAAUGAGAAAAGAACUUGGAGUUCUUUUAAAUAUUUUAAGUGUUAUGGAUUUUAAAUAGCAUUAUGACAUAUUUCAUAUUGUGUAUUUUGAAAGACUCUGUCCUUAUGUCUCUCUAUAUAUUGUGAAUUUAUUGGGUCAGUUCAGGCAGAUGAAGUGGUUCAUUAACUGAUAUUGUAGCUUGAGCGGCCCAAAAGGAAGGCUGUGGGUGUGUUCUCUUCCUUCAUCCUGUUUUUCACCGGUUGAAUCCUUUUGCUCUCACUUUGUAACAUCACUAGUGAGCAAAUUCUCUUCUCCCUGAUUCUUAUUGCUUUUAGGUGACUGGUUGUAAUCUGUACAAGAAACAUCGGGCUGACGCAGCAUGUUCAUUAACAAUACAUUGUGUGUAAGCACUAGAAUCCCAAUGUCUCAAAAUGAGAUUUUAAAAGAUUCAAGAAAACAUAAGUUUUUUUUUUUUUUGUUGUUGUUGUAUUACACAGUAAGUAAUUGUAAACUGAGCCUAAACCCUGAACUCAGCUCAACAGUACCAAUAUUGCAGUGAUUUUACCUUCCCAUUCAGAAAAUCAUGCUUCCCCCCCCCCCCCCCCAUCAUGGAAGAUCUGACAGUAAUCUGUAAUCUGACAGUCAUGUUAAUUGGGUUUUUUCGUUUGUUUUUCUAUGGUGUGGAAAUGCAUUGUCACACUGUCUGUGUUGAGAUUGUUUUACUUUCAGCCAGUGUUUAUAUAUUAUUUGAUUUUUAAGAUGCCUUGGUACAGUUAAUGUUGCAGUUUUUUUUUUUCUUGUCAACUUAAGUUAUAAGUUGACUUAUUUUUAAAUGUGAAAAUAAAGAAGAUUAAUUGA